CCAAAAUAAAAUAAAAAUAGAAAACCCCAAUUGAUAAACAUAAACCCUAAUAACAACACUUUUCAUUCAUUCGAACAGAGAGACUAUACAAAGCGCAACAAAAGUAGCUCUACCUGUCGCCGACAAUCGAGAGACCCGUUUCAAUCCAUUCGAGGUGAGAAAGAUGGGGGUGAAGGCAAAGAAAACGAUGAAGAAGAGACUGAAGAAGGCUUCACAUCAGCAUUCACUUUCUUUACGUAAAGAUCAAGCUCCUGAUUUCUUGCCACUAGAAGGCGGACCCGGGCGUAAAAUUCCAGAGCAAAAACCAAUUGAGCUAAUUGAGGAUAAAGCUACAGUUUUGUACCUUGGUAGAAUACCCCAUGGAUUUUAUGAGAAGGAAAUGGAAGGUUUCUUUUCUCAAUUUGGUAAAAUUAAGAGACUCAGAAUUGCAAGGAAUAAAAAGACAGGAAAAUCAAAACAUUUUGGCUUCAUCGAAUUUGAGUCUCCUGAGGUAGCAAAAAUUGUAGCUGAUUGUAUGCAUAAUCAACUGUUGUUUGAGCACCUUUUGCAAGUCCAUCUUAUUCCUACCGAGCAUGUUCACCCAAAAUUAUGGAGAGGUUUUAAUUACCGAUACAAGCCAGUCAACUGGGUUCAACUUGAACGUGAUCGGCAGGACAAGGAAAAGAGUUUGAAAGAGCACAAGAAGUUUUUGGAAAAGAUUAGGAUGCGAGAUCUUAAACGGAAAAAGAAAAUAGCGGCAGCUGGCAUUGAUUAUGAAUGCCCAGAAUUUGUGGGUGGCGACCAGCCUGCUGCAAAGAAGAUAAAAGUUUGAUGAUGAAUAGGUUGAUUUUGACUCGGAGAAGACGUGCGGAAGUGGAGUUUCUCUCUUAUUGAAGAGGCACAAGCACAUGGAGUUCCUAAGCCUUUGGCUCCUCGAUAAAUCUUAGGAAGUUAAUGUUUUUGACAUUUGUUCAUGUAAUCCUAUUUUGGCUGUUGGCUAAAUAUAUUACUUAAAAGGAGACUUGAGUGUAGGAUAUGUUACUGCUGAAAGAAAGAACAGGGAAUUUUCUGGUCUGUUGAUUUA